AUGAAUGUUGCGAGAAGUAUUCCAAAAUCUAAAAUAAGUAUAAACACUUCAACGUAUUCUUUAAUUUUUUCCCUAUUUUUCGCAAGGCUAAAAGAUUAUGUUACAAAUAGAAUAAGAGAGGUAAAGACUACUGAUAAUCAUAAAAAAGAAUGUAGACAUUUAAACUAUGAGAUAGAUGAAGCACAAGAACUGUUUACUACAAAUGACACACUUACUAUUCCUAGAUCUGUCAGAGAACAUUCAUGGAAGAAACAAAUUGAAAAAUAUUUACAAUAUACAUUGUCUAAAAAUUCUGAAAAUAAAUGUAAAAGAAUUUAUCCUUUUUAUCAAAGGGUUCAAAGAAACAGAAGAAAAAUGUUAGAAGAUUAUUGUGAAGAAAGGGAUAGAAAAAAAGAUGAAAUAGACUAUUUAGGUAAUCCAAGAGAUAAAUGCUUAGAAUUUAAUAAUUGGAUAAUUUCUCAGGAAAACCUUAUUACUAAUGCUUUUAAUAAUAAACUUUAUGGUGACGAUCAAUAUAAGCAAGCAUAUAAUAUUUGUAGUAACUGUACCUUGAGAAAUCCAGGUACUUUAUUUAAAAAAAUGGUUUGCAAAACUGAAGAGGAAGAAAAGAAAAACGAUAAACCUGAGAAUGGAAAUGACCCCAAUGGUGAUAAUCCAAAGGUGGUUGAAGAUGAUGAUGGUGGUGGAAAAAAAACAGAUGAAGAAAAUGAAGAAGAUGAGGAAGAAGAAAAACAUCCUGAAACACCUAAUAAUCCAGCAAUAGUAUCGGGAAGUGAUUUUACUGUAGAAUAUUAUAAUUCUAAUAUCGAACAAAUCUUAAAUUUUAAAUUUUAUGGAAAAGAAUUUCAAAAUACCAUAAAUAUUUUUCCUACGUUAAGUUUUGAUAGAAUUAAGACGUAUAUUUUGAAUAUAGUUGGAAUGGGAGAUUCAAGUAUUACGCCUACUAAAGGAAGCUUUAACUACCCUGUGAGAAUAGAUUUUACCAAUG